UCAACAAGUAAGUGUCUACAUGGAGUCUCUGGCACAGAGUGGACCUCCGUCAGCCUCUCGAAGUAGCACGAAAGUGGCCGAGGGCGUUACCAGCCUGACGUCGUUCAAUCCGUUCGCUGAGGAGGAUGAGAAUGACAACUCUUCUUACGCGCUGGUCACCUCUCUCUUCUCUCGUGUAAAGAACAGUUUUACUGCCCCGCUGGCAUUGUCAUUGCCCGCCCCGACGUCUAAUUCCCAGCUGGUUGCCAACGGGACCAUACAGAGACGCCCGUCUGCCACCCCACUGCCGAAUACACAAGUCAACCCUUCGUCAAGGUCAUCCUCCGAGCAACGCCCCACUUCGCUGAAAGUAGUACCCCCAGAUCCUGCCCCUCCUCUCAUAUCUCUCACACCCGUCGUUUUUGAAUCUCCUACGUUCGGGCCCGAAUUUGACCGACCCCCAUCUCGCGGUCCUUUCUAUGAUGGAACCGAUGGGCCGGCAUUCGGUACUGCUAUUCCUGGAUUUCCCAUACCAGACGAUGCUCGGAGCAUACGCACCACAACGUCGUUGAAGAGGUCUGCAUCCGUGUCGAAGGUCAUUCGAAGAAUACGGGGGGAAGGGUUAUCGAGGGAUUAUUGGAUGGACGAUGGGAAUGCUAAAGAAUGCUACGACUGCAAGAGUGUCUUCACGACUUGGCGCCGAAAGCACCAUUGUCGCAUCUGCGGCCAGAUAUUCUGCUCCCGGUGUGCCUCCAACAUCAUCAAAGGAACCCGCUUUGGCCACGACGGCAUGUUACGUGUAUGCAACUUAUGCCUGGAAAAGCUUGCCACUGUUGAUGAGGAAGACGAUGAUGACCACCGUUCCGUUACGUCGUCGGUAUCCCCAUUCCCGGCUCACCAACUCGGAACGGAUGCAUUCACGUUCGGUCUAGGUCACCAUCCCCAGUCGCCAUUUGCUGCAUCACAACUGUUCGGAAGAUCUGAAGAGCCAUUUAACUUAUACUCAAUCGCGGAGACGAAGCGUUCACUCUCGGGUUCGGACAUAUCUGCUUUCGUGACACCUAGGUGCCCUGAGCCCGUUCGAGAUAGUACCGCUCCUUUCCGGCGGAGUCUUAUCGAAGAUGAGAAGGUUCCCGAAGCCGUUGUCUGCCAGCACCAGCAAAGUAGCAACACGCAUCCAGACGAUACACUACCCGAAGCGCCUGUGGAGUUCCCUAUGACUACUCCAAUGAACGUGGAACGACCGAGUACAAGCACUAUCCAAUUUCCAGUUAGCUCUCCAGAUCUUUUUGGUACCUCCGAUGGCCCUGGGGCUUGUGAAACAGUGAGGUCGAGGUUCAACAGCUUUGGGGAUUUCGACGUAGCCACACCGUUUAUCCGAAGCAGGGCGCAUUCUCGGUUGGAUAGCAUCACAAAUAUAGACAGUUGGCGAACCAGGAGGGAUUCUACCGCAUAUGCACAUGAACUUAACUUGAUUUCGAUGUUUCACCUGCGAAUAAUGCUACGGCAGAUGCUUUUGACGGAAGAUAUACCGAAUAUCAAGGAAUGGGAAGAAACGCUCCUGAAACUUGCUCUUCGAAUAGCCCGCGAACUCACCUUCACCUCGCUUCCCUAUCGUCAGGGUGAGGACAUGGACAUCAGGCGCUACGUGAAGAUCAAAAAGAUACCGGGCGGUGCACCGUCAGAUUCAGAAUAUGUUGACGGGGCUGUCAUAACUAAGAACGUGGCCCAUAAACAAAUGUCGCGGACGCUUCAUAACCCUCGCGUCAUGCUCGUUACCUUUCCCUUGGAGUUCCAUCGCGUCGAAGGACAGUAUGUGAAUUUCGGACAGGUAAUGCGUCAGGAGAAGGAGUACCUUGGAAAUCUUACCAGCCGGAUUGCUGCACUUCGCCCGCACAUCGUUAUAGCGGAAAAAUCCGUCUCGCGCAUUGCGCUCGAGGCGCUUGCCAAGCAAAACAUUGCUGUUGCUCGGUCGGUGAAGCCCUCCGCUAUCCAGUUCGUAGCAAGGAUGACUCAGGGCGACAUCUUUUCAUCUAUGGACAAGUUGGCCCUAGAACCUCGUCUAGGCCAUUGCACUCGAUUCCGUAUCCAAACUUUUGACCACCCGCUCAUCCCAGGGAGGCGCAAAACGUACAUGCGCUUCGAGGGUUGUAAUCACGAUAUGGGGUGUACCAUUGUCCUGAGAGGCGGGGACUCCGAGACGUUGAGGAAGGUAAAGAAAGCUAUCCGGUUCCUGACGUUCGUCGUGAGAAACUUGAAGUUGGAAACGCAUCUUUGGAAGGAUUCCCGACGAAUGUCGCGGCAGUCUCUGCAGUUGGAAGCGUCCGGUACUCCUAACGGACAUGGCCCAAGUGCACUCGUGCCUUCAUCUGUCUCGCUAAUUCAUUUGGAGACCGCCACUGGCGAAGAGAGGGAAAAAAUGGACGACCCCAGUGGCGAAGCUACUGAGGAAGACCUUCCUGAUGUAGAUGCCGAUCGUGUGCGACUAUCGAAACGCAUCAAGGCAUCAGUUGAGCCAUACUACAAGACAUUCAUUUCCGUAUCUGCUACAUUACGCUUCCCCCCGCCCUACCCAAUAAGGCUGAUGCAAGAGUUAGAUGAGGAGCUCACGCGUGCACAGCGACACCAACACUGGAGACCGCGGUGGACUAACGACACGCAAACUGAUGCUAAUAUUUGUGACGAUGUGAAGGCACAGAUUGAAGCUUUACCGCUACCUGCGUUGCCCGACACUCCACCUCCGGACCAAGAGAAGUAUGACAUAGGAGAUCCAAAAAGUUAUUUCGAACCACAGCCGAAUUCAACAGAACACAUUUUGCCAGGAGCAUACGCCGCUUCUCCUAUGCCGUCUAUGCCGUCUAGUUUGGAGACUGCCCAAUUGAGCUUGGUCAAGUGGAAACACGAUGAACAUCGUCGCAUCUGGGAGUGGUACCUUCGCAAGAAUCGCGACGACCUGAAUGUAGAAAAGUAUCAAUGCAUCAGUCUGUGGAAGUUUUCCACUCCAAUCGAGGAGUUCGGUUCCCAUGGUGCCUGCUCCCCGCCGAGCAUGGUUUAUAUCUCAUUCUACGGCGAAAACGACUGCACGCUUGGCCAAUUCAUCGAAAAGGCUGUCAACGACACGCUGGUACAAUUCCUUGACCCUAGAGCCAUCUGCACAAGCAAAGGAUGUGACCAACCGCUUGCACGACAUUGCCAGGUUUUCGUACAUAAUGAAACCCGGCUUUGCGUUGCCGUCGAGCAGUGGGAUGGUCAGAUCCGUGGAAGGCACAUGUACCCUUCCCCAGAUAUGAUCACCACUUGGAGUGCUUGUCGUGUCUGUGGUUCAGCAACGCCAUUCAUUCCGAUUUCGGCGGAAAUGCAGCGGUACUCGUUUGCGAAAUUCAUGGAACUUCACUUCUAUCCUGCCGAUGUCAGGCUCGUGCAAGGCGCCGGCUGUCAGCAUAACAUAUACCAACACCACGUUAGAUACUUCGCCGUCCGGGGUAUGACGGUUCGGUUCCAGGCAGAUCCUAUCACGUUGCACGAGAUCAUAUAUCCUGCCAUGCGCAUCCGCGUGAGCCCGGAAAUACAGCUGGAGCUGAAGAAUGCCGAUUUUGAGCGCCUCCAGCUGCGGAAUGCAACCUGCUUAUUGGCAUCGAUGCCUGCUACCGAUGAUGAGGACCACAACGUCAACCUCACAGCUGACAUCAAUAAACUGAUCGCCCGCGCCCUGGCCGAACGGGAGGAGAUCGCUCAUCUGAUCAACAAGGUGUAUAACGAGUCACCGCCAACAGACACGCUGGCAUUGAAUCAAGUCAGAGCGUUCCGUCAAGAUCGUAUUGUCGCGUGGCAACAGGACUUUGACAAGCUCCCUAAACCCCGGGGCUCUCUGACUCUGGAGAAAAGUACUGGCCGCGUGUCCGCACUCGGUGCUGUGCGGGUGGGAUGGGGAAAGCGACCUGACCUAGCAAGUCACAUUUCUGAACACCGCGUGCCGUCGAUGAGAAUUUCAGAGGUGAAGGAAGGUGGAUUGGGCAGGCGGAAAGAUACAGAUACUACAGAGUCGCUUAUUUCCUCUGCAUCGGACAUCUCGGAGCCCGAGCUCGAAACAUGUCUGGAGAGCCCUGCUGAAAAGGAGUUGUCCUUGAAAUCGGAGGAAGCAUCCAUUGCACCUCAAGAGUUGGUCCACCAAGCUUCUGCUACUAAAUCAGACCCGGAUAGUGAUUCCACCAUUGGAGCGUCGAAAGAGGAUGGUACUGUAUCCGAACGGAGACGGGCCAAGCGGAAUGGCUUUGGAACUGAUCGUCCCCCACGCGUAUCAAGACUACCCCGCCGUUCGACUCCGCACCCCAGCGUCGCGGAGCUCGUCGCCAGGUAUCAAGACUUCAUUCCUGCGCAAGGCGUUGAAGAACUCGCCAAAACUGCCUUGUUACCACCGCCUCCACUUGUCUCGGAGAGCGAGCAGGAAGAUAAUCCCCGAGUUCCCCAGCGGGUAGUCCGUGGCCAGCACAGACACGACCUUGCCAGGAAACAGUCUGUCUCUGAUUUCGAGUCUGGCUACGCAGCAAACGCAGCUCCUCGCUAUUUGGGAAAUCGACGGCCCUCCAGGCAGGCGCCACAUACAAUUAAACUUCCGGACGCUUCUCGCCAGACUUCGCCGGACAGACGUGGGUCCAAGAGUAUGGAGAGUUCAGGGUCUAUGGCAUCUCCGCCACUCUCCUCGAAGUUGGCCUCAGGAUCUGCUGGAGGAAGGGCACGAGUCAAAACACCUUCUCGCCCCGUAGGUCGGGAGAAACCGUCCACACGCGUUCCUUCUGGUGGUACCGCAAAGUUUACCAACAGAAGGUCGCAACAGCCGGGGGGCUCGAGGGUUUCCACCAUUGCGAGGCACUUCGAACGCAUAAGUAGGGACAAUGAACGUGCCAACCGCAGAUAUGCAGUCAUCCGAGGACGCAAAGCCCGUCCUGUGGCUUCCUCGGAGGCGAAGGUGGAUGUACAGCCUAUUAAAGAUGCCAUCAAAGAUGAUACCGACCUUUCCGAUAGCUCUAGUGAGGCAGAUGACGAAGGGGGCGACGAAGACGAAGCACGCAAAUCAUCUGACAAGAUAACUACGGAAUCCUCUCCUGAACAAUCCCAAACACUGCCACAAGUCACAGUCCAAGAGGAGCCUAUCCCUGAACCCCAACAGCCAGCUCUUCCACGGUCUUCCACCCCACCUCUACCGCCGCCCUCUAUAGUCCCGGAACAUUCACGAUCUCUACCGCCGUCUCCUUUUCUUCAAGCAGAGCCUUCAGGCUAUCUAGCACCGCCGACGCCGCCCACCAUCUCUCUAGAUGACAUCCGUGGUUCUAUAUACCGACUAUUGUCUAUUCGUAGUAAGGAUUUCGAGUGUGAUGAUGACACGCUCGAUGAUCGAGAGCAUAUUUUCCGUGGCUCGUCGAUGGUCGUUCAUACUGAUGAGCCCACCUCCAUCAUUGCUUUGUCCUUAAACUCAAUACAAUAUCGUGAAAUGUUGGCCAAAUCACGAGCAGAGAAACGAACAGUUAAGGAACCAAAACUUACUGAAGGAGAAGCAUUCAUGCCAGACGAUCACUCCACUACCGACUGUUCCUCAACCUGGGGCGUGGUUAAUGUCGAUACAUUGGACUGCUUGAACCCGACAGACGACCUGAAAUCAGCAUCUUCAAAGAUGUCAUGGGUAAUUUCAUUUGAAAGUGGUGGCUUGACGAUAAGCUGUACGAUUUUGUACCCGGAACAGUUUGACGCUUUGCGAAAAAUGUACGAUUGUGACAAAAGCAUCAUCGAGUCAUUAGCAAGAUGUGUCAAAUGGAACGCUAAUGGCGGAAAAUCUGGUUCGGCAUUUCUAAAGACCCGAGAUGAUCGAUUCAUUGCGAAGGAGCUUCCUUUGCACCAGGCAUAUUUUGACUAUAUGGCAUCAGCAUUCGCGGCAGAUCGGCCUACACUUCUUGCCAAAGUUUUUGGUUGUUACAAGCUAACAGAAACAGAGGCUAAAGUUAUGCACAUGAAUCUACUAGUUAUGGAGAACCUUUUUUACAACCGCCGUUUUGCGAAGAUAUAUGACCUGAAAGGGUCCACCAGAAACCGUCACGUGCAAUCGACUGGUCGGGAAAAUGAGGUAUUGCUUGAUGAGAACCUCGUUGAAACCGCUCAUCUCUCGCCUUUCUAUGUGCGGGAGCACUCGAAACGCAUCUUGCGGGGUGCGCUUUACAACGACAGCACCUUCCUGGCGGAUAUCAACGUCAUGGAUUACUCGCUGGUAGUUGGUGCAGACAACGACACACAUGAACUCGUCGCUGGUAUCGUCGACUAUAUCCGGACGUACACAUGGGACAAGAAAUUGGAAAGCUGGGUGAAAGAAUCUACGUUUUUGGGUGGCGGGAAAGGCGAGCCGACGAUUGUGACGCCCAAGCAGUACAAGCAACGCUUCCUCAGCGCAAUGGAGAGAUACUUCCCGAUGAUUCCUGAUCGAUGGAUGAAAGACAGAGACUCGCCUGAAGAAGACUCCAAUACCCUCGCAGACUGGUAGAAACUUGCCACUUUUUUUUUCAUGACGCAUCUCCUAUGUUGUUAUCGCUUCGUUGCCCAUUUUGUAUUUUACCUAGCAUGUACCUUCCUACUAGUAGCCG